AUGUACUCGGUACAUAGAUACAAAAAAUUCAAUAAGCUUGAAAAUUGUGGACCGGCCCAGGCCUUGCGUUCCCAGGCUGAGCGACCUGGUAAAUUAAAACAUGAGUCGGUUGGGCGAGGGACCGACGAACGACAAGACCAGUUAGGACUUGUACGAGGAUGGGCAGGUAGGUGA